AUGUGGAAGAAAGGCUUCCUCGGCCGCGGCAAGGAAAACCCGCGCAUCGGCAUCGGCGAGCCGGUGCUGAUUGAGACUUCUUACGACACGCGGAACCUCAGCAGUCGAUCCAAGCACCGUCCGCUCAUAGAAGCCGCCAACGAGGCAGCCGCGAGCUUCCGCCCUCCUCAGCUUGCGCCGCUGGACCUGCAAGAAGACCAUUCACAUCUCGACCCGCGUUACUCGCAUGCCGCAUCAUCAUACUACUCCCAGCCAUCACCAGCAGUCCCGUAUGAGCACUGGCCUCCCACCAACGCUCUUGGAUUCACCAUGCCUUUCGAUGUCUCGCCCGUCGAGGAGAUCCCCGGCUCGUACGAAGCAGACCGCCGCAACUCGGACGUGAGCGCCCACCACGAGGAGGAGCCCAGGAGCCGCUUCAGCUGGUCCACCCGGGCGACCCAGCAAACUACACCGCAGACAGCCUUCGAGCACAGCCCACCGCCCAGUCCCCCGCCCGCACUGCCGGCCAAGUACAACACCGGGAACGGCCCAUUCGGACCUCGCGACCAACAACCGCCCCAAUCCUCGCACUACCCGCCGCGCUUCGAUUCGCGCCCGGCCAUGAGCAUGCGAUCCAUGUCCAGCACAACCACAACGAACACGAUUGCCACGAUGCGCAAGCCAGUGCCGACGCCAUCCUACUCCAACACCAUCACCACCGCGAAGCGGUCCCAGACGCAGCCGACGCAAACCGGCCCCACCACCAACACGGCCAACUACAACCCGUACAGCUACACCACCUACCCGCACACGCCCACGUCCUCCAAGCCGUCGACGCCCACGCCCCGCGCCUGCACCCCGACCGACGCCAACAAGACGCUCCCGCUGCCGCCGCAGCUCGCCGACAGCGACUCCAUCGCCAACGCGGACCCGCUGUCCAAGUACACGGCGCAGCUGGACGACCUGGCGCUGCGCCGCGCCAACAUCAACCGCGUCGUCAAGGACCUCACCACCCUGCCCGACCUCAACAACCCGCUCAGCGUCGACAUCGCCACGCGCCGCGCCAACGAGCGCAAGGUCAAGGCGAUGCAGGACGAGCUGGCCGAGAUCGCCGCCCAGGAGCACGAGAUCGGCAUGAAGCUGCAUCGCGCGCGGAAGAAGGCCGAGAGGGAGGAGGGCUACGAUGGCGGCACGACGGCGCUGUGGGUGAGGCGGGUGACGAAUCCGGUUUGA